AUGACUACAGAAAUUUCGGAAGGUACCAUGAAAGGGUUUAUUGAUCCAUAUUUUUUUACUACUCCUUUCGAGCUAUGGAGUCUUUGCUCUUUUAUCGACGCGCAUGUCGGACCAGGAUUCUCAAAAAAGGACUGCUUGUACUUUUACAAGGAAGGAUUACAAAAUAUUUGUAAAUCAUCAGAGUUUGACGACGAGCAAAAGACUAUGGCAAAAAAGCUGAUUGACACAUAUAAAGCGGACAAAAAGAAGUCGGAUAUGCUUCAGAACAGGCUUAAAUUAUUAGCUAACACUGCAAGGUCCGCAAAUUCCACACUUUACACAACAUUCACUCAAGCUGAUGUAUCCGUUAGUUGUUAUAAAACUCCAGAAAGACAGAUCACAAUAGAUCAUGAUAUCUUACCUAUUGAGGAUGAAAGUAAUUUUGAAGAGGAGUAUGACGCGGAACAAACAAUUGUGUGCGGAAAAAGUAUUAGUUGGUUAGUUGGCGGGAUUAAUAUCCGUGACAAACUUACAGAAUACCAGGAAACAGGUCUACCAAAAACGAGGCCAGAAUACUAUGAUGUAAUACUUUUUACUGAUAAAAAUCAAGACACGUUUUUGGGGACACUGGAAGAAAACACCGUUAUGCAGAUGCGUAAUGAUAUGAGGAGAAAGGAUGAAGGAACAAAAUGCGAUAUUGAAGAAAACAUUAAAUCAUUUCUGAACAACAUUAUUGUUCGCGACAUAAACAAAACUAAAGAAAAUCUUAAACUACGGAAGAAUGUUGAGUCAUUUGAGGAAGAUUUUGCUUUGUUUUUUAUAAAUCAUAUGAUUGAACUUAUGGAAGAUGUUAAUGUGCUUCUCGAAGAUAUGUCCGAAGGGUCGUUCAUUGUAAUUUUUCUGGCGCCAAUUCUGAAUAAAAUUUUUAUGAAAAAUAAGAAGAUCUGGUACCCAAAAUACGGGGAAACAUGCCUUAAGGCAAAUGCCGAAGAUCUUAAUUCUCAAAAAGCGGAUAAUGAACGACGUUCUCCUGGCAAGAAUAUUGACACGAUUUUUAUGUUAAAAACAUUGAUUAAUCGAUUCGCAAAGCUUCGUCCAGGUUCCGAUAUUAUAAUGGUUAGACUAUACGGAAUGCAAUUAUAUUUAUGUCAGGUUAUCAUAUACGAAUUUCAGCUCAAAUAUUCUGAAAUAUACACCAUGGAAGAAGUAUUGAAAUUUCCCCUUCCAAAAACUUGGAAAGAUAUGAAAAAUGCCCACGAAAGUAUAAUCGGAUUCUUGAGAUAUGAGCGCCUGUUAUCCAAAAGUUCGACUUCUAUAGGCGAUUUUUUUGUGGACAGAUGGCGAUGGCGAAGCUUUUCAGG